AUGAGGCCGAAAGGAUCAUGGACCGGCGUGCGGAAGCAGCGACAAACGAGGAUGCAAGCCAUAGAAGAGUUGAAAGCAACUGUGCGAGGCCAACAGGCUCAGAUGUCCAUCCUCUCUCGCAGGCAGGUCCAGCUGCGGGAAGAGGGUGAGGCGCUGCGCGAGUGUUUGGAGGCCUCGGGCGCCUUGGCGCCGGUGCGCUUCCUGGCGCGCUUGCACCGCCGGCGCUUCGCCGAGGUGAUCAAGCGGCACCCGGGGCCAUGGCCUGGGAGCUUGGAUGCCGUGAUGCAGAUCCGGGAGCUGGCAUUAGCCACAGCUGCCAGUGCUGGGGCUGCCAGCGUGGCGCCCCUGGCGGCGGCCAGCCGGGCUUUGCGGGCUGGAGUGGGCAGCAUGCUCUCGGAGUUCCCAGCUCUUUUCCCGUCUCAGGUCUACGCCAUUGGCGGCGCCGACUCUGGGGCCGAAACCUUGAGCUCGGUGGAGAAGUUCGACUCCAAGAGCUGCGUCUGGGAGACGGUGUCCCCCUUGGCGGAACCGCGGGAAAGCUGCGCCGCGGUGGCGGCCAACAGCAUGAUCUAUGUGCUGGGCGGUGUCAAUGCCGAGUCCCAAUGCCUCAACACCGUGGAAUGCUUCUCUCCACAGACGGGGACGUGGGAGCCGAUGCCUCCGAUGCGGCAUGCCCGUGCUGCCGCGGCGGCCGCGGCCUGUGGUGGGCAGGUCUACGUGAUCGGUGGCCGUGAUGGCUUUCAAUGCCUGGACAGUGUCGAGCGCUUUGAUCCGGUGGCCCGGCGUUGGCGGCUGCAAGCUUCCUUGCGGAGUGCCAGGCUGGGUGCGGCUGCCUGUGUCUUGGGAGGUGGCAUCUAUGUGAUUGGAGGCAAGGGCGGUGGUCGUGUCCUGGACUCGGUGGAGCGCCUGGAGCACGAGAACAGUUUCUGGGAGAUUUUGCCCUCCCUCCACGCGCGCCGCUAUCGUUGCGCCUCCGCGGCGGCGCACGGCCGGGUCUACGUGGCCGGCGGCUGCGACGGGGCCUGGCAGACGGGGCUGCGGAGUGUGGAGCGCUUUGACCCGGAGACCAGAGCUUGGAGUAUCUUGGCACCCCUGCAGGUGCCCCGCUGGGGGGCGGCCGCCGUGCCGGCCGGCGGGUCGGUGUGCGUCUUCGGCGGCCGUGGGGCGUCGCCCUCCACGGCGUUGAGCUCGGUGGAGCGCUUCGAUCCGGCGACGGGGACCUGGGAGCCGCUGCCGCCGAUGAAAGGCCUCGAAGGGCUUCCCACUCGCCUAAGCGAGGCUGGUACAUUAGGUGGACUGGUACUACCUGCAAUGGUGAAGCCAUCAAGCGGAGACCAGCCACCCUCCGAUGAUGAUGUAGAGCCACAGUCGCAAGUCAGCACGAGUCUUGCGUCAGCAUCUCAUCCCUCGUUGGCAUCGCUGGAAACGUUUUGCAUGGCAGAUUUGGGGCAGGCCACGGAUGCGGCCAAUCAAUUUUUUCGCCGCCAAGUGCAUAAGAAGCAUGAGAAGCAGAAGUGA